AUUUACACAGGAAUACCAAGUUUCAUUAACGCUCAAGUCAACGGAUUCAUGGAUGAAGGAGUUACAGUUAACGGAUAUCUUGAGUUUUAUGCAAAUGAACAGAUUUCGUCGAGUGAAUUGGAAAACAUGUUUAGAGAAUCAGGGGAUGGCGAUGGUUUUAUACAAACUACAUCCAGCUCCCUGGUCUACAUGACGAAUAGUCUUGUUAUCAAUGAAAUGGAUGAUGAUAUAUAUGAAGGAAAUGAAAAUGAAUCAGUGGAAAGAAUGGAUCCCACUCCACACGACGAAUCUGAGGUCAAUGAUGGUACCCAACUUCCUGAAAUUAAUACAAAUAGUGAAAUAGAAGUGAUUGAGUAUUCAACCUAUGUCACUAUCGAAGAUAGUGUAGGACAAAUAGAAGGAGACAGUGUUGCAGAAAGUUCUUUACUACCUGCAGACAGAAGUGAAUUCCAAUUAGCCACAGAACGAUUGUAUACUUCUCCGUACCAAGAAAGUGAAGUUUUUGAAGGCACAGAACACUUUUUGCCAACUGAUGAAACAGGAGAAGUUACAUAUUUUACAGCAACUGAUGGAGGUGAAUUUCAAUCAGUUGAAGAAGAAACAUAUACUCCUGUAUAUGAAGGAAGUGGGACAAAUGAAGGCACAGAAAACUUUUUGUUACCUGGUAGAAGUGAUUUUUUUACAACACAAAGAGUAACUUCGGUCAUAGAAAGCAUUUCUUUUCCGGAUUCUGGUAGAGAAGCAAAACGCCGUAAAAAACGGCAGGUGGUGAAUACAG